AUGAUCGUCUCCUUCCCUGAUAUUUUUCAACUUCUUCUAGCCUUUUUAUUCUUCCUAUUUGGAAACCUACUCAUCUUCUUCAAGGCAGACGGUCCCCGAAAACUUAAAAAACUUUCCGAUCUGUACUUUCUUUUCCAUCACCAAAUUUCUAGUGGGAUUUUACUGGAUCUGAGGAAUUUGGAGAACUUUGGAUGUAAAAAGAUGUCUUCUUUAAGCAGAGAGCUGGCUUUCUUAAUUCUUCAGUUUUUGGAUGAAGAGAAAUUCAAAGAAACAGUUCACAAUUUGGAAAAGGAAUCGGGAUUUUUCUUCAACAUGAGGUACUUUGAGGAUGCUGUGACCAAUGGUGAAUGGGACGACGUGGAAAAAUAUUUAUCAGGGUUUACAAAGGUUGAUGAUAACCGUUACUCCAUGAAAAUUUUCUUUGAGAUCCGGAAACAGAAGUAUCUUGAAGCUCUUGACAAGCGCGAUAAUGCAAAGGCUGUGGAGAUACUUACAAAGGAUUUGAAAGUGUUUUCGAGUUUUAAUGAAGACCUCUUUAAGGAAAUAACUAUGCUCCUAACCUUGCAGAAUUUUAGGGAGAAUGAUCAGCUUUCCAAGUAUGGUGAUACCAAGUCAGCUAGGGGUACAAUGCUCGUUGAGCUAAAAAAGCUGAUUGAGGCAAAUCCGCUCUUUCGUGAUAAACUUCAGUUCCCCAACUUAAAAAACUCAAGACUGCGGACGCUAAUAAACCAAAGUUUGAAUUGGCAGCAUCAGCUCUGUAAGAAUCCAAAGCCUAAUCCUGAUAUAAAAACCCUAUUUGUUGACCAUUCUUGCGGACAACCGAAUGGUGCCCGAGCACCAUCCCCGGUCAAUAAUCCGCUGAUGGGUUCCAUGCCUAAAGUUGGGGGAUUCCUACCUAUGGGUGGUCCUGGCCCAUUCCAACACGCCCCAGCCCCUAUGACAGCAUCACUUGGAGGCUGGAUGGCCAAUCCAUCCUCUGUACCUCACCAAGCUGUUUCUGUUGGGCCUAUGGGCUUAAUUCCUCCUAGCAAUGCUGCAUCUAUGCAAAAGCGUCCUAGGACUCCUCCUACUAAUAAUCCAGCACUGGACUAUCAAACUGCUGAUUCUGAACACACGCUGAAGAGAUCUAGACCUUUUGGAGCAUCAGAGGAGGUUAACAAUCUCGCUGUGAACAUAUUGCCUGUCACAUAUCCUGGACAAAGUCAUUCCCGUUCCUCGUAUUCUGCUGAGGACUUACCCAAGAAUGUUUUUGCACACCUGAAUCAGGGUUCUUCUGUAAAGAGCAUGGAUUUCCACCCAGCAUAUCAAACUCUGCUCCUUGUGGGUACCAAUAUUGGCGAUGUUGCUAUAUGGGAAGUGGCGAGUAGAGAGAGGCUUGCUUUUAGAAAUUUUAAGGUUUGGGAUCUUGGAGGAUGCACAAUGGCUCUGCAGGCUUCUUUGGCUAGCGAAUAUACUGCAUCAGUUAACCGUGUAAUGUGGAGCCCUGAUGGAACCCUUUUUGGUGUGGCAUAUUCGAAGCACAUUGUUCACAUAUAUGCUUAUCAUGGCAGUGAUGAUUUAAGGAAUCACCUUGAGAUUGAUGCCCAUGUUGGUAAUGUCAGCGAUCUUGCUUUCUCUAAUCCUAACAAGCAGUUGUGCAUCAUAACUUGUGGAGAGGAUAAGGCAAUUAAGGUGUGGGAUGCAGCUUCUGGUGCUAAGCAGUACACUUUUGAGGGUCAUGAAGCACCUGUUUAUUCUUUAUGCCCCCAUCAUAAGGAAAACAUUCAGUUCAUCUUUUCAACUGCUAUUGACGGGAAGAUUAAGGCAUGGUUAUAUGAUAAUAUGGGGUCAAGGGUUGAUUAUGAUGCUCCAGGUCACUCUUGUACUACCAUGGCCUACAGUGCUGAUGGGACAAGGCUAUUUUCUUGUGGUACUAGUAAAGAUGGCGAAUCACACAUUGUGGAGUGGAAUGAGAGUGAAGGGGCAGUCAAGCGGACAUACCUUGGUCUUGGGAAACGGUCUGUAGGAGUGGUUCAAUUCGAUACAACAAAGAAUCGGUUCUUGGUCGCUGGUGAUGAUUUUGUAAUAAAAUAUUGGGAUAUGGAUAAUGUAAACCUCUUGACUGUUACUGAUGCUGAGGGUAGUUUACCGGCUUCGCCUUGCAUUAGGUUUAAUAAGGAAGGGUUGCUAUUGGCUGUAUCAACUAGUGACAAUGGUGUUAAAAUACUUGCAAAUGCCGAAGGUGUUCGGCUUAUGCGCUCUAUUGAAAAUCGUGCAUCUGGAUCUGUUGUGAAGAGGCCUAUGAUCAAUGCAUUUGGUGCUUCUAGUUCAGCUGCUGUGACAAGCAGAGAUAUGAUUGCUCUGAAUGGUGAUAGAAGUUUGCCAGAUGUAAAACCUAGAAUUUCUGAUGAGCUGGAAAAAUCUAGAAUUUGGAAGCUGACUGAAAUUGACGAACCAUCUCAGCUUCGUUCCCUGAGGCUUCCUGAUAGUUUACUGUCAGUGAGGAUUAUGAGGUUGAUUUAUACAAAUUCUGGAGGUGCCAUAUUAGCUUUAGCAUAUAAUGCUGUCCACAAACUCUGGAAAUGGCAAAAGAAUGAGAGAAAUGUUACUGGAAAGGCAACCACUGCUGUGCCCCCUCAACUAUGGCAACCUUCUAGUGGAAUAUUAAUGACCAAUGACAUAUCUGAGACGAACCUUGAGGAAGCUGUUCCAUGCUUUGCACUCUCAAAGAAUGACUCUUACGUUAUGUCAGCAUCAGGAGGAAAAAUUUCCCUAUUUAAUAUGAUGACAUUCAAGACAAUGACUACGUUUAUGCCCCCUCCACCGGCGGCGACAUUUCUUGCCUUCCAUCCUCAGGACAAUAAUGUCAUUGCCAUUGGCAUGGAAGAUUCGUCCAUACAAAUUUACAAUGUCCGAGUUGAUGAGGUAAAAAUCAAGCUCAAAGGUCACCAGAAAAGAGUAACUGGCCUUGCAUUUUCCAAUGUUUUAAAUGUUCUCGUGUCAUCUGGAGCUGAUGCUCAGCUAUGUCUUUGGAGCGUAGAUGGUUGGGAAAUGAAGGCGAGUAAGUUCUUGCAGAUUCCUCCCGGUUGUGCACCAAAGCCUCUUGCACAUACACGGGUUCAGUUUCAUCAGGACCAGGUUCAUGUGUUGGUUGUUCAUGAAACGCAAUUAGCUAUCUAUGAGGCUUCAAAACUCGACAGUGUCAAACAGUGGGUUCCUCGAGAAUCAAGCUCUGCAAUUACGGAUGCUACAUUUUCAUGCGACAGCCAAUCAGUUUAUGCAAGCUUCGAAAAUGGGAGCAUUUGCGUCCUCACUGCUACAGGACUGAAACUAAGGUGUCGCAUCAAUCCUGCAGCCUAUUUGCCUUCUAAUCCGAGCUCAAGGGCAUAUCCACUUGUCAUCGCCACUCAUCCAUCUGAACCUAAUCAAAUUGCAUUAGGACUCAAUGAUGGUGGAGUGCACGUGUUGGAGCCCCUGGAAAUGGAAGGAAAAUGGGGCACUGUCCCUCCGCAAGAAAAUGAUGAUUACAUUUUCCUUGAAACUUUGCCAUUGCUAGUUACUACUCGAUUCACCUCAGAAUCACUGAACUUGUUCUAUAAAUAUAGAAGCAAUUCUGUCCGUGGACAAACCCGGGCUGGUCCACCUUGGGAAGAUAUGAAGAAGAAAUCAUCAGAUUCUGUUAAUGGGUUGUUUGGGAAUGCGUAUUUCAUGAAGUGGACAGCGGAGGAUUUGUUGGGUGUAGUGAGGCACCAUCCUAUACCGUGUGUCUUCGCCGCCGCAUUGCUUUUCUUCAUGGGAGUAGAAUACACUCUAUACAUGGUGCCUUCGACGGCGCCGCCGUUUGAUCUGGGGUUCGUCGCCACCAUAUCCCUCCACCGGCUGCUUGAAUCUAGGCCAGCUCUCAAUACUAUUCUUGCUGGCCUCAAUACGGUUUUUGUGGGAAUGCAAACUGCGUAUAUACUGUGGACGUGGCUAAUCGAGGGCCGGCCGAGAGCCACAAUAUCGGCCCUGUUCAUGUUCACGUGUAGAGGAAUUCUUGGAUAUGCCACACAGCUGCCACUACCAGAGGGAUUCUUAGGUUCCGGAGUGGAUUUCCCAGUUGGAAAUGUUUCAUUUUUCCUGUUUUAUUCCGGGCAUGUUGCUGCAUCGAUUAUUGCAUCUCUAGAUAUGAAACGAAUGCAAAGAUGGGAGUUGGCUUACACAUUUGACGCUCUAAAUGUUUUACAAGUCGUAAGGUUGUUGAGUACAAGAGGUCACUACACGAUUGACUUGGCUGUCGGCAUUGGCGCGGGAAUACUAUUUGAUUCUCUUGCCGGGAAGUAUGAAGAUAGAAAGAAAAGAGAAGUUUGUAAUCACUAA